AAGGUUUCUAUCCGGUACACAAUAGAUUUGAGCAGGUUGUUCGAGCAUUCUAUCGUUAUGGUUACUUUUCUGCGUAAAACCCAAAAACAGCUGCCCACGACAGCUGGUUUAUCUGAGUAAUUCAUACAGAGGCAAUCAAAACGGAGGAGCUUGUACUUGGAAAGCUGUGCCAUUCUGUCUUGACUGUUUUUAUGAACGGUCUUAGAUUUCCCUCAUUGGCUUCUGGUGAAGAGAGCAUCAUUUGUUGCUACACAUCAUACUAAUCAAUGACGUCUUUCGGCGGUCAGCUCGCCCUCCUGUAAACACGAACAAGCUAGAUCGCGAAAACUUUCUCUUUAAAGACGAAAAAAUGGUUUGGAAGUUCCGUUGCUGCUGCAGCUGUCGUGGAUUUUCGUUAAAACCCGAAACAAACUUGGCUUUGGUUUUAUGCCUCGUCUUCUAUCUGUAUGUUUGUCUUGGAGGAGCCUUGUUUCUUCUACUCGAGGGCCAAGGAGACGGCCAGCCGCUUGAUAAUACAACGAUAGCAUUGAAGCAACGGCCGGUGCCAAAAGAGAACCUUUGGAAUUUCAUAGAGGCAACCGAUUUUUCUUUCAAUAUUCUCACUGGUCAAGGAACUGGUCAAACGACAAGAACUUUGCAUAAUAACAACAGCAAAAUAGCAUACAUAUUCUACGCUGCCUUCGGAAUUCCGAUAACAAUAUUGACUUUCCGCGCGACUGGUAAGCGGUUGAACGUUCUAGUGUACGCAAUAAUCCGCUUCAUCAAUGUUAAGAUCUUCAAACGCCAGUUAACUUCCCAUAUUCAUCUCAAGGCCAUUAUCAUCAAUUUCAUUUUCUUCGUCGCUACGUAUCAAAUAUCUGCUGUGGUUUUUAUGACGACGCAAAACUGGAAUUACCUAGAUGCAGCAUUUUAUACAGCGAAUCUGUUCUUCUCUAUCGGCAACACAGAGAUGCGUGUCAAUGCGAAUGUGAAGCCAAAUUCACGUAGAGAUAAGGCCUUGCGAGUGGCUUUCAAUCUUACGAGUUUUAUUGCUUAUACAGUGCUUGGAAGCUUCAUCUGGUCCGCACAUUUGUUCACGCGUCACAUGCGCUUCAAAGCACAGAAUAACCAAAUUGCAAGAACCAAUGGAAAUGCAAGCAAUACCGGCACGGCUAGACGUAAUUGCCCUUGGGUCGAGGUUGCACGAAGUCGAGGCUCGUCGCCGACUAAGAGCUUGUGUAAGGAAAGAGAAACGGAUCGUGAGUCUGUUUGCUAACAUUGAGGACGGGGGUUUGGUAACAUGAUGCUGAGGUGAUGGUCUCGUAAGAGAAUAGAGAAUUGGUUUUGGGAAAAUGAAAAACAGUUAAUAGCAAGAGUAAAAUAAAAGACAUGAAGAAAAUAAAAGAAGAAAAGAAUAAAAGACAUCAAAAACAAAGCAUGGACAAGAAAACAAUGAGAUCUCACUAGAUAAAUUCGACUGUGUGCAUGGCCUGGAGUCCAGUGAGUAAAUUAAUGCUAAGCCCAAAGUUAGUCAACUGGCUAUACAGCCUCAUGGAAUGGCUUUUGCUAAAUGAAAGCCACAGAAUUGUAUGCGCUAUUAUUUAACUAGGGAAUGCUGUAUUCCAGUUUCCGUAGCUUCAGGUUUGUCCGAUAAGGCCAUUGCCAGCUCUUGCGAUCACGGGGCAUUUGCGUUAGGUGGCAUUUGCCGACAAGUUCAUUUAUUUUUAGACAACUUUGAGAAUUUCCCGGCUAAACACUCCUAGGUGGAAAAAUUAUUCUUCGUUGCAAAGAAAUAUUAUGAGUCAGCCCCUGACGUCCCUCCCCCCCCCCCCCCAAUUGGAACACCAUUGGUAUCUGAUAUCGAUUUUGUUAAAUUUCAAAUAAUAUUUCUUCUGAUUUUGAGUGAAAAAAUUUGUGUCAUCAUGAUUUAUAGAAAUGUCAACGAAAAUUUAAAUUUUGUCUGUGGCAUAUAUUUGCGAAAUUCCAGAACUUUAAAAUGUCACAUGACUAGUUCCCCAGAUCACAUGACCUGUCUUAAACUUCAAAAUUCAUGUCUUCAACCUGUAUAUAAACUACUCAAAAGAUAAAGUAAAAUAAGAUACUGCGAUAAAUUUGUGAAUCUUUAGGCAAUCUAAGCUAUUAUAUCCUAACGACUGACAUUGACAACGCUUAAAAAUGUUAAAAACUUCUAAAGAAAAGUGAAAUUUACCAUUGACUGCCUGACAGCCAAAACUUCAUAUGUUCAAAUAAGUGAAAUUCCUAGAUAUGUUGAUAAUUUUUGUUUUGCAUAAUUGCUUUAAUGAUAAAAUUUAAAGAAAUAAGAUGUUAAUUUUUUGACAAGCACAGUUGAUUAAGUCUCUAACAUUAACGUGUUAAAAAUUACUAGAAUGAAGUUGUCACCGUUAAUUCUAUACAGUAUUCGUUAUUAUAAAUGACUAAAAAGCUACAAUAGCUGAAACAUUUGAAAGCUUAGAAUUUUUAGAUCAAAGAUUCCAUUAUGUGUAUGGAUAGAAAAUAUCUUAAAAUUUGAUAUGGCAAGUAUUUCUGGUCCCACAUGUGGGUAUCUCUCUUUAACUAGCUGAAGAAUCCCAAGGAAAAGUCAUUUAUAACAACCUGGUACAUAAAUUGAUAAUGAUUUUUCGUUAUUUUCUUUUCCAAAACAUGAUAAACGGAACUUUCAGUGAGUUCUACCUUUCGAAAAUCUACUUGUUAAAAAACUUUCUCAUGGAAGAGCUUUGGCGCCAAGGAACCAAAAGAAAGCUUUCUUUGGGAAGCAAUUUUUAUUUUAGGCAGCAAAACUGAAGCUAGACAUACAUAUAAAGCAUAGGAUUUCAGAGCGUACAGUGGCCUCUUAAAAUCUGGAAAAAGCCCUGUUUUUUUUCUUCAACUACCCUCCUUUCUAUCUUUCUCACUCUAAAAACUUCUCUUUCUGCGAUAAAAUGCUGAGCUUUAAAAACUUUGUCUAGCAGUCAAACUAUUUAAAAUCUAAUUCUUUUUGAGCGGCGUUUUCUUCUUUUACUUCAAAGGAAGCAAUGUUAGAUUUUUUCUUUUAGAGUUUUGUCAUAAUAACUCCUGAUAAGUUCCUUCCCUGCAUAUCUGUUUCGAUUAUUCAAAUUUAAAUACUUCUAUUUAAGCUACUAUUUGCUCAUUAUCGCUUAUUUUGUUCCUUUCUGUUAUGUAGCGUAUCAAAUUAUCGUUACAGUUGUACAUUUGUAAAAUAUUGUAAACUUUAUUGAUACUCAAAAACUAAUCAUCCCUAGCAUAUCAAUUGUAGUUAAUUUAGAAAUGAUGAAGUCUAUUGAUUGUCUGUUGUUGAUUAUCAGAUUCUUUCUGGCAAACCUCGUUAGCAAAAGUCGAAUAUGAUUUCGGCUUUGAAAAAAGCAAACAUUUAGCAACAUACUAAAAGCUUUUUCGUUUGACACUCCUCAGAGUAUAAAACGUCACCCGUGAAAAUAAGGGUUAAAAAAACACGAUGGAAGUAAAUACGUAGUCGUGGACCCUUAUUCUGACAUUUUAUACUCUGAUGAGUGUCAGAUGAAAGAGUUUCAGUAUGUUGUAAAAUGUUUGCUUUUAUCAAAGCAAUUUGCAAAUUUUAUGCGGCCGAAAAAUUGUUUACAAAUUUUAUAUAUCUGGAAGAUUUUGUCCGAGCUUGUGAGAGCCAUUGACAGUGACUGCCCUUCAGGGACGAAAACAAGUUGCUAAUUUUGGGGGGGCGUGGAAGGAUGAAAAUUCCAAUCUAAGUAAGAAAUUUUUCAUUUGACCAGUAAAUCUACUGUACCUACUAAAUUGAUAUUUGUAAAUAGCCCGAACACCAUAGUUCUAUUUUCUUUAUAAUUACCAAAACUUUACUCAAUAAUUAGCCUAAAGCAUAAAAGCCUAAAUCUCUAAAUUUUGAUCAACAUGAAACAGACAUUUUAACUUACAGUAAGAAGUAAAGCAACAUUUAAGCAAAACCAGUAUUAGAUAUACUUAAUGAUUAGAAGUAUUCUUUCAGAUCAAUUAAUCAAUUGGCGCAGAUCAAUCUUAUCUAAAAUACAUUUUUUCACGAUAUAGAAGCACCAAGAACUUGAGCCUUUAAUUUUUGUUCUUGAUCGAAUAAAACUACUAACAAUUUUCAGAGGGCCAAAUUCCUUUUCAUUCUUUACAAUUGAAAUGAUGAUUUGAGAACAAACUUGUGCAUAUGCCUGAUCCGAAAGAUAAAACACUCUUCUUUGAUCAAAUACUUCUACUGCAGUUUUUGCAAUGUGUUCUUGCUUUACAGCAGUUUUGUCAUAGGAAUUUAUGAUAAGGAGUCAAGGGCGUUAACAAAUAACAGGGGGAGUUUAGCAUAAACUCGUUUUUAUAAGAAGCGUUGAGAAUUUUUAGUACUGAAAGAUUAUUAAUCUUUUAUUGAAUUAACUACUCGUAGUUUCUUAAAAAACUCCCACUCUAAUACUUUCUGAUCAAUACGGGAAUUAUUAUUCCAAACUGUAAAGUUUCAAGUUUCUUAUCCGGAAAUUCACCUUGCCUGCUCGUAAUUUGAUUCAACUCCCGUCAGAAAGAAAGCAAACAGGGCAAUUGUGCAAUUUGGAUCCAGUGGAGACGGGUCAGCUUCAGCCUGUGAAUUUUAAUGUUUAGAAUUAUUACAUUUAAAAUAAAAAAACUUCUUAAAAUAUAAAAUUCACAAGUUUGGUCCUAAGAUAAAAUUCCAAGUCAACCGUUAUG